GUAACGUGGAAAACGGAUGGGUGAGAGGGGAGUGGAGAGGAGGAUAUUCGGAGAGAUAACAUCGCCGCUCGUUCCCCGUUUACCACCGUGAUACUUUCUCUCUCUAGCCGAUGGUCUAAACAGAGGACUGAUGCAUCUCUCACUCCUGCACAUAGCACGGAAGAGAACCGUAAAAAUGGACAUAGCACGGAAGAGAACCGUAAAAAUGGACAUAGCACCGCUGAGAACCACCUAAACGUGGACAUUACCGACGUGGAAAAUGGACAUUGGCUACGUAGUUCAAUGUCCAUUUUUCACGAAUCAUAGAGGCGCUUCAAAAUAAGGUUCCAUCUAAACUCGAAGCCUGUCCCCUCUCAGAGGGAAAGAGAAAGACUCUCGUAAAUUACGAGUCAAAAAUCUUUGAAUAAUUUAUUCAUCGAGAGAUAUACCUAAUCUUUAUAAUCAUCCAAACACAGAGCUUAGAUAAAAUGGGUCAAACAAUGGGCAGAAUGCCUAAGACGUGGAUUGGUACCCUGGAAGAGAGAGAUCGGAUUUUACAUCACAGUUCGGAAAUCUUGACUCUCGUGCUGGAUUAUAUUAGAAAUGAAGAUACCUUCCUCAUGCCCUACGACGACGACAAGAUCAAAGAUAAAGUAAAAAUGUGGAUAAAAAAUCAAACACGAGAUGAGAAGUUUGAAAUGUUGCUGAUCUCGUCACUGCUACUCAAAAAUGCAGUUAACGAUGGAAUUAAAAAGAUUAUUAUUGAAAAAAUGAGAAAGGAUUACCGAAAGGCUUACCAUGACAUUAAAAAAUUUAACAAAAAGGUGGAUAAGCUUGGCGCAAAUCAAAGGAAGCUACAUGCAGAAAUACAAAGUUUAGAGGAGGAAUGCGCGUAUGAUUUGAAGAAAUUUCAAAAAAAAUUUGGGCCGUUGCGACGGAAAGUCUUCGAUAACUUAAGAACCGGGGAAAAAAUGAUUUUUCAAGAUAGAAGAUUGAAACGUGCUUUUAUUAAACAAAUUUACGUUAUUGAUGACAAAUACUCGGCUGAGUGUGUCAAACAAAUUGAUAAAUUAUUAACUAGUGUUAGAGCUAAGGAUAAUUCUCACUCGGGGAGUCAGUUAAAAAAGGCGAGAUCUUUAGCUAGGCGUAUAUUGCACAUAGAAGUACAGGAGGGGAAAGUCUCCGUGACAAUUGUGUCGGCCGCGAGAGACGAGCUGCACAUAGAGAGGAAAAAGAUACCGCAGAUGGCGGUGCUAUGCAAUCGUGGCGAGCCACCUAUACCUAACACUUCCCCUCGAGCCGAUUGCUACUAA